UCCGGGAUCCUGUUCCAUCCACUCACACACAGUUGUGAUAAGGAGAGUGAAGUAUGAGCUAAAUAGAGAGGAGGGCUGGGCAAGGUCAUUUGUGCCAGAAUGCCAGAGAUGCUAAGAUCUCAAGAGUGCUGUAGUACAUAAACAGAUGUUACACUAGUGAGUUAAAAAGAAUACAUAUAUAUAUAAAUAUAUAUAAACACACACACGCACACGCGCACGUACACACACACACACACAUACAUACAGAGUAAAAAUGAGGGUCCCUGUAUUUGAGGAUGUAAAAGAUGAAACUGAAGAGGAAAAAACAGAGGAAGAAGAAAAUGAAGAAGACCAGGUAUUCUUUAAGCCUGUUAUUGAAGACCUGAGCAUGGAAUUGGCCAGAAAAUGCACCAAACUCAUUAGUGAUAUUCAUUAUAAAGAGGAGUAUAAAAAGUCUAAGGACAAGUGUACAUUUGUGACAGACACUCCUAUGCUAAAUCAUGUAAAAAAUAUUGGUGCUUUUAUUUCUGAGGCAAAAUACAAAGGCACCAUUAAGACGGACCUUACCAAUUCCCUUUAUAAGCAGAUGCCAGCCACAAUCGACAGUGUCUUUGCAAGAGAAGUGACACAGCUUCAAAGUGAGAUUGCCUACAAGCAGAAACAUGAUGCUGCCAAAGGAUUCUCAGAUUACGCCCAUAUGAAGGAGCCACCUGAGAUCAAACAUGCCAUUGAGGUCAAUAAACACCAGAGCAAUAUUUCUUAUAGAAAAGAUAUGCAGGACACCCAUGUGUAUAAUGCAGAGCUCAACAGACCAGACAUCAAGAUGGCAACGCAGCUCUCCAAAAUCAUAAGCAAUGCAGAAUACAAGAAAGGGCAAGGAGCAAUGAAUAAAGAGCCUGCUGUAAUUGGAAGACCAGAUUUUGAACAUGCUGUUGAAGCUUCUAAACUUUCUAGUCAAAUUAAGUACAAAGAAAAAUUUGAUAAUGAAAUGAAGGAUAAGAAACAUCACUAUAAUCCCCUUGAAAGUGUUUCUUUCAAGCAAAGUCAGCUUGCCACUGAACUGGCAAGUAAUGUGAAGUACAAGAAAGACAUCCAAAAUAUGCAUGAUCCAGUUUCAGAUCUCCCAACCUUGUUUUUGGACCAUGCUUUGAAAGUCAGCAAAAUGCUCAGCGGACGAGAAUAUAGGAAACUCUUUGAGGAAAACAAAGGAACGUAUCAUUUUGAUGCCGACGCUGCAGAACACCUGCACCACAAAGGCAAUGCCACUCUCCAGAGUCAGGUUAAGUACAAAGAAGAAUAUGAGAAAAAUAAGGGGAAAUCGAUGCUUGAAUUUGUUGAGACACCAUCAUAUCAAGCUUCAAAGGAGGCUCAGAAGAUGCAAAGUGAGAGAAUUUACAGAGAGGAUUUUGAGAAAGAGAUUAAAGGAAGGCCGUCAAUGGAUUUAGACAAGACUCCAGAAUUUUUACAUGCAAAGUACAUCACCAACCUUCUGAAGGAGAAGGAAUAUAGAAAGGAUUUGGAAAAUGAAAUAAAAGGGAAAGGAAUGGACCUUAAUUCAGAAGUCCUUGAUAUUCAAAGAGCAAAACGAGCAUCUGAAAUGGCUAGUGAGAAAGAAUACAAGAAAGACCUGGAGUCAGAAAUUAAAGGUAAAGGAAUGCAAGUUGGCAUUGACACACUUGAAAUACAGCAUGCCAAAAAAGCUGCAGAGAUAGCUUCAGAGAAAGACUAUAAAAGAGAUCUGGAGACUGAAAUUAAAGGGAAGGGCAUGCAAGUGAGCGCAGACACCCUUGAUAUCCAGAGAGCCAAGAAAGCAUCCGAAAUGGCCAGCCAGAUAGAGUAUAAGAAAGACUUGGAAAAUGAAAUCAAAGGGAAAGGGAUGCAAGUGAGCAUGGACAUUCCAGACAUGCUUCGAGCCAAGAGGGCAUCUGAAAUCUAUAGCCAGAAAAAAUAUAAAGAUGAAGCAGAGAAGAUGCUUUCUAACUAUUCUACUGUGACAGAUACUCCUGAAAUUCAGAGAAUUAAGACAACUCAACAAAACAUCAGUGCAGUAUUUUAUAAGAAAGAAGUAGGAACUGGCACAGCAGUAAAAGAUACUCCAGAGAUUAGAGUGAAGAAAAAUCAGGAGGAUAUUAGUUCAGUGAAAUACAAAGAAGAGAUAAAACAUGCAACAGCCAUUUCUGAUCCUCCAGAGCUAAAGAGAGUUAAAGAAAACCAGAAGAAUAUCAGCAAUCUCCAGUACAAAGAACAGUGCCACCGGGCCACACCAGUGAGCAUGACACCAGAGAUAGAGAGAGUGAGGAGGAACCAGGAGCAGCUGAGUACGGUAAAAUACAAAGGAGAGAUUAAACAGGCCACCUCAAUUUCUGAUCCGCCAGAGCUGAAGAGAGUUAAAGAAAACCAGAGGAACAUCAGCAAUGUUUAUUAUAAAGAUCAGCUGGGAAAAGCUACGGCUUUAAGUGUAACUCCUGAAAUGGAAAGAGUAAAGAAGAAUCAAGAGAAUAUUAGUUCGGUAAAAUAUACCCAGGACCAUAAACAGAUGAAAGGUAGACCAAGUCUGAUUUUAGAUACACCUGGUCUGAGGCAUGUCAAAGAAGCACAAAAUCAUAUUUCGAUGGUAAAAUAUCACGAAGACUUUGAAAAGACAAAGGGGAGGGGCUUUACUCCUGUCGUGGAUGACCCUGUGACAGAGCGAGUGAGGAAGAACACCCAGGUCAUCAGCGACGCCGCUUACAAAGGUGUCCACCCUCACAUUGUGGAGAUGGACAGGAGACCCGGAAUUAUUGUCGCCCCUGUUCUUCCUGGAGCCUACCAGCAAAGCCAUUCCCAAGGCUAUGGGUACAUGCACCAGACCAGCCUGUCUUCCAUGAGGUCAAUGCAGCAUUCACCAAAUCUAAGGACCUACCGAGCCAUGUACGAUUACAGUGCGCAGGAUGAAGAUGAGGUCUCCUUCAGGGAUGGCGACUACAUCGUCAAUGUGCAGCCCAUCGAUGAUGGCUGGAUGUACGGAACGGUGCAGCGAACUGGGAAAACCGGGAUGCUCCCAGCAAAUUACAUUGAGUUUGUUAAUUAAUUAUUUCUCUUGCCCUUUGAGCUUUAUUCUAAUGUACACUAAACCUAAUCUUUUUAAAAGAUAGAAGAUACUUUUAAGACAACUUGGCAGUUAUUUUAUGGUAAUUUAUCCUUACUUUGACAAUUAGGCACACAGGUACGAGAAAGGAGGAAUGAUUUCUGGGCUGAAAACAGCAGCGGUUUUAGUAACUGCUGUAAACAGAAUAAUGAGGUCUGGAGACCUGGUGCUGCUAAUUGUUAUUGGUUUCUUUUGAUUGGCUACUGAACCCUUCUGGGAAAUGUAUUUUUGUAGACUUUAAUAGAGAUGUUGAUUGUCCCGUAAAUGUAACAAGUAUACGAGACUUCUUAGCUGUCACUUUGGAAUCACCAGAAGCCAAUUCUCUUAAUUCAGUAACACCGUUUAGCUGUGGAGUCAUUAGGCGAUUUCCAAUGCCAGUGAAAAAUUGCCUAAUAUAAUAAGUGUUAGCAGUGGCAGAAUGACAGUUUGGUUAAAAUUACGUUGACUGGUGGCCUUAGGGACUUAGGAACUUCUACUGAACAAAGAAAAUUUUUUGUUUCCUUGGCCAACUUGGGUCUAUUUAUUUCUCAUUUGUACCAAGGCAUAUCCUACUCUCCAUUUACAUUCUGUGGACCCAAGCACAUGCUUGGGUCCAUAGAAUGUCAGGACCAAAUAACUUCACAGCUACUCUGCAAAGGGCAAAUUAAAGGUCAUCUAUAUUAUUUCCCUAAUAGCCUUCACCCUGCUGCAUGACAUGUAGGUUCCAGCUUCUGUAACAUAAGCAGCUGCACUGCCCAUUCCUCUUACUAAAGCAAAAGUGUGGCUGAUAUCUAAAAGCCCUUCCUCUAGUUGCCAGCUCAUCAGAAAAACAUAUUUUGAAAAGUUGCUUGAGAUUCUCCUGCUGCAUUGCACUCUAGUUUCGAAGGAUUUACACCUUAGGAAAUAGAUGUAUACUCUAGUAAAUAGGCGAUUUAGGUGUUUAUUGAACAGCUUUUAUCAACUUAAUGCCGCUGUUGAUUUAAAAGUUAAGAAAACUUAACAGGAGCCAGUGACAAAGUGGGAUAUGAAGUGUGCUGGAGAAAACCAGCGAGCAAAAAGUUACCGACUCUACAGAGAGACAGAGAGAGACGAUCUGGUUUCUUAUUUUGAAAAACGGUAUUCAGAUUCUGGAAUGGAAAUCUAGACACUGAAACUGGUUAAUGAAAAGACUUUCUUUUCAUUUUCUGUUAUUUGUUAUCUAAAUCAUAUGCAGGGGGUGAGAUCGGAAUGUCAUCAGAGAUUUCAGCUGCAGGCCCAACAAGUUGUUCACUGGAAAUGGAAUUCUUGUAGAUUUUGAUUUUCAAAUGAGUGGCCUUGCAGUUUCUUGCUGGAUUCACAGCCCUGACUGCAGCCGUUACUGGCAGGUCAUGACUUUCAUCUGAGUACACAGUCUAGCUCACCUGAGAGAUUAACAUCCAUCAGCAACUGUGUUUUUCUGAUUGUGUCACUUAUUGGGACAUGCAACAGGGACUAUAGUAUUCCUGUAGGAUCUGACUCUAUAGCUGAGAUGAAACUGAAAAAGCAGUUACAAAAAUGUAAUAAAGUAUAUAGGUCUUGUAUGAUAGCAUAUCCUUACAUGAUAUAAUCAAAGUAAUUAACAAAAUAUUUUCUAAAAUAUCUUUUGCUGAAAUGUUUACCAGUUCAAAGGCAAAAGUUAAUUCAUUAACACCUUUGAAAGGUUAGCAAAUACUUUUGAACAUCUAUAAUUUCAUUCUAUCUGGCUAAGAGAGUAAAUAAAAUAAAAUUUAUAACAUACAAGCUUCAUCUACAUGGCACUGCCAUAAAAUGAAAAGAGAAAAAUUCAGGCAAAUAACCAGAGAUUUCUUUUUUGAGUGAGCUUUACAGAUUACCAAAUAACCAGCUUGACUGAUUUUUCUUAACUGCAAUGACCAGUCAUGAUUAAAUUGAUUAAAUCUUAUAUCAGUUUUGGUGUCCUGUACACAAACCUACAAACAAACCGAAUUUGCAAUAUUCUUGCAAAAAUUUCUGUUCAUUAAAACUUAGGGGAAAAAAGAUUGCUCAAUUUUAUGAUAUUAUUAAGUAAAUAUACAUUUCACCAAGACUUUUUUUCAUGAUUAUAAAAAAGGAUAGUUAUUGAUUAAAUUUGUAGACUAAAUGUAGGACAGAUACAAUUUUUGAUAAAUAGCACAUUUAUAGGAAACGCAAAAGGAGACUGACUUAAAAUGAUGGUUAUAAUGGGGGAAAGUUACCAUAAAGCAGCAGCUUGAUGUUCCAUUGUUUUUAUUAUCCACUGAUUUCAAAUCAGAUUCACUAAAUGUAAUAAGUCAAUAUUUAUUUGGGGAAAAAUUCUCCUAAAAUUUUAAGCUUUGCAUAACGUUUGCAUAGCAAGAUGUUCCUGCUUCCAGUUGUUAGGAAUGAAGAUUUGAUCAGAAUGUAACUAGAAGGCAUUAUUUUACAAUAAAGACUGAGGGAGAAGAAGAUGUCACGUGCCCCUAACACUCUAACUUGAUAGUGUGGUCAUUGUUCCAAAAGCUUGUUAGGAUAUCAAGAUCUCAGCAGAAAUAUAGGAACUAUAUAUUUAAUACCAAAGUGCUAUUUUUUACAGCAUCAUUUUCAAAAAAUUCUUGAACAGCUUUUUCCCUUUCAACACACCCCCUGCCCACCUUCAAUUUGGCAAGAGGGAUCUCAUACAUAAUGCUGACAGCUAAACUAGGGCCUAAAAAAACAAGUUUUUCAAAUUCAAGUUACAGAAGACUGCAAGUGCCCGAGUGCAGAGAGUACGCACCUGACUUUCUCCACCCGAUGUUCUCCAGCCUGGUAAAAGCACAAGGAGCAGUGUGAUAUGCUUUUCAAGGUUACAAAACCAAAACUGUCCAUGGAUCAUGUAUUUCUGGAGAAAAGCAUAGCAACAGAAUAUAGUGCUUUUGUCGUAAGUUUUUGUAGCAAAUGUUUUUACUAAUUCUUGGUCUCUAGGAAAGCUUUCUGUCUCUCAUCUGUGGCAAAACGACUUCUUUGGGUCUUCUUGUUAUCGUUUACGCAUCAGCAUUGUAGCCCAACUUGAAAUAUUUUAUCUGGUUGUCAGAUGUCCCUGCAUCUCCCCAUGCCUCUCCCCAUCUCCAGACACCACACAGAUAUUUGCAAGCACAACUUCCAAGAGCACCUUGUUGGAAGACGGAUGAGACCAGAUCAGCCCUGCUCUCGCCACUAGGUCCAUUGUGUGAAGAUGAUGGAGAUACAGUCUAGCCGGUUUUGCCACAGUCUUUCUUUCUUGACCCUCUCUGUGUGGAGCUCGACAACACUGGGGGGUGGGGUGGGAAGCCGGCUUUUCUAAAACAGCGGAAGUUGAAAAGGAGUAUCUGUUUUUCAGGUGUGUCCAUCUCCAGUGGAAUGUCUUUAAUGAAAAGAUAAAGAAACUGUCAAUGAUCCUUUAAUAACAAAUCUCUAUAUAGCGUAGAUGCAGUUUAUACCAAAAUUAUAAUAUAGAUGUAUACAAAAAUAGGUGCCUUUUUGAUUACCCUUGUUUAUCCACUAUGGUCUGGGAAAGAAAACCAAGCAGGCGAGCUUCUGCCUAUUCUAUAGUAAUAUUUUAUUACCCGUGAUUGGUAUUUUUGUGGUGGGGAAGUGAGAUGCUCCUGACAGAUAUCAUGGGUGAAAGCUGAUUGUAUUUUACUUCUAAAGGUUUAAAACUGUAGAAAAUAGUGACUCCUAUCAAUUUCUGAAAUAUCCUUUGUAGAUUUAUAUAUAGUUGAGAUGCAUAAACAUUAAUUUUAGGUUUGAGAUUUAAAAUACCAAUUGUAAGAUAGAAGAAUUAUAUUAUGAGGCUGAAGUCGUUACACAAGAUGAAAUUCACUGCAUAAAUUCAUUAUACCUUAGCUAUUUGCUUCUGAUAAUCUAAAAGUGGCUGGCAUGUGCUCGAUUUGGAUCACAUGACAUGGUGGUUAGAAAGCCGUAGUUAAGUAAGAAGGUAUUUAAACAAAUGUAAGAAGCUAUGAAAAUGAAUGCUGAAACAAGAGCCUCCUCCUCAAGUAGUCCAUGUCCAUUGCGGUCCUUUCCAGGCCUCUGUCAGCUGUUGAUGAUCAAAGAAAUCACAACAUUAUAUGAUGCUCUUGUACCCAUUGCUCCACGAUGUUUAGUCUCCUGGAAUCCACAAGCCUGGAAGGAUCCCCAGGACAAAGGUCUCCCCCAAUGGUCCAUGUUACUCUGUUGUAUUCAUGGAAAUUCCAUACGCUUUUUGUGUUUGCUAUGUGGUAUUCAGUUUGCGUAGUAUAUACUUCUUUGUAAUCCAGUUGCUGUUAAGAAUGAUUUACUGAAAGGAAAAGAGAAAUCUGCAUUAUAGUCUCAUUCUUCAGUGUCCACACAAGGAAUGGCUGAGCAUUUAGAAGCAGCAAUAAGUCUGUUACAGGCAUAGUGUGGGAAUGUUUGGUCUUUGACCUGUGAUAAAAAUGCAAAAUUGAAUCAUUGUGCAGUUUGGCUUCUAUUUGCUUCAAAAUAUGUAGAAUUGUGCUAGAUGAUUAAUUUACAAGACCCGACUAAUUUUGAGAGCUUACAGUUUGGGAAGAAACAAUGUUUUUAAAAUGAAGGGGCUUACAGAAUGAAUAACACAAUGUUAUUAAUAUAAUUUGGCUUUUGUUAUGCAAAUCAUUAACACCAGCUAUUAAAAUAUAUUUUAGUAGAAAUGCUUUAAUUCAUGUUUUUUUUUCCUCUACACUGUGAAUCUUGAAACCUUGGUGGACUAGAGCAACAUCGUGCUGCCCAAAGGACUAACCUAUGCAAACUAGUUCACAUUCUAGUGGAUGUCACAGCAACUGUGUAAUAAGACAUAUUCCCCCAGCAUAAUGUACAGUGGCAUCGAAAAACACAUUCAGCCUAGCGUCCCGUAUGUAUAGUAUAGUCACUCACAAACCCUUCAAGGCUACCAUAAUCAUUAGUAGUAUUACUCAUUUAAAAGCAAAUCAGUGAUUUAUCUAUUAAAACUACUUGAACGAUGCCGUAACAAGAAUGAUGGAUGGACAUGUCAGCCGGCGUCAGUGUGGUCGCUGCAGGUGUUCUCCUGAGACAGAACUGUGUUCUCAGAUGCACUCUCUUCAGGGUAUUAUUACUCUAUGUCUUCUUUCUGUAUUUGUAAAACAUUAUAACGCUUGAAUUUCCUAUCUCUACACAUUCGGUUUGCUUAAAUAAAU